AUGGCUGGUUCAAUCGAAGACAACGCUGCAUUAUACAAGAAAAAGACCUUUACGUAUGUACCACCAUCACCACCGGCUGAACUCAUCGAAACCACAAGCUACACGAUCAACUUUGCAGCUCGCAAAUUUAUACUUGUAGGUAUCGAUCCUACUGAUAAUUUUCAAGUCACCGUUCAUUUAUUAACACCAUCGCGCCAUGUUAAAAUAUCUCCGGAUUUCCUGAGACGUAUAUUCUCUAUGAUGGGGCAUAUCUUAUCAUUUAUACUAGAUACGGUCCAGAAGUACAAGCGCAUCAUAUUUCUUGAGACUGAAUUUCAUAAAAUAUCCAGUAUGGUGUAUUGUGGAGAAAACGUGCUAGUAAUAGAGUCAAAAACUCAGGACGGGUGCAGAGUACUGUUAAAUCGGGAGGACUUUAUGAAGCUUCAAUAUCUUGAAUGUAGUAUUUUCGAAAGUAUUGUACGGAAAGAAGUAACCACUGCUCCAGUAAUUAAAAGACAGUUUGACGAUUUUGCGAUGUAUCUACAUGAGAAAUCUGCUUGCCUUAAAUCACCACCGAAAAAUUUAGAAGAUAUGUUAAUAUUCGUUAAAAAAAUACAAGACGAUAGAACGGAGAAAAUUUACCCAAACAUGAUCGGUCAAAUACAAAUGUAUGCAACCGUACAACUAGCAGAAACUGUGUUACAACAGUUGACACAUGAGUUACAGAAUGGUGAAAUGGAUACACCAACGUCGUCAAGCUAUUCGCCGGUCAGCAAUAUAUUAAGCAUGCACGACGAUUCAUCUGCACGUGAUGGAUUUAAUCAGCCUAAGGAUGAUAUUUUAGCUAAGGCACUAGAUCAUAUGGACGGAUCUGACGAGGUUCGCAACCCGCAGGCGUGCGACGUAAACGAUGGGCCUGAUUUUUUCUACCAAUUCAGGACGAUAUCACCACCACAACCUUAUCCAACUUACACCGAUCAUCCAGUGCCAUCACACAAACGAUCUCAUUCAACCUUCGCCUACCAUCCGACGCCAGUACGUGAUGUUAAGCGACGUCUAUUUUAA